CCACACCAAGAUGGACGAAGCUACUGGCGCUGCGAUCAAAGAGGACGGAGCCGAAAACGAGCCCUUUAAUGGAGACAGAGCAUCUGAAAACAGCAACGGUUCACCGGCUGAGGACAUCGUGGACAGGGUUGGGGUUUUCUGCUGUCGGGAUUGCGGAGAAGCCUUCAGAGAGGAGGCAGCCUACUUGGAGCAUCGCCAACAGCAUCCCCAAGAAAACUGCGGAGUGUAUAUAGAUGACCAGUUGGAUGGUUUACAUGAUUCAGAAAAGGACAGUGAUGCAACAAAUGUCUGUACUUUAUGUUCACUCUCAUUUGUUGAACCGAGUGAAUUCCGCUCGCACAUGGAGAAGAACCACGGUCAAACCUCCCAGAAGGAGUCUGGUAUUCAGAUGAAUUCUGGGACAACAAAGCAGCACACCUAUGAAUGUGCAGACUGUGGGAAAUCUUAUGGUGUGAUCGGACACUUUCUCAACCAUCAGCGCUCACACAGACAAGCCUCGAAAUCAGUUUUUCACGACCUUGAACACUUGAAAAAGAAGUCGUUUCAGUGUGAGUCGUGUGGACGGAAUUAUUCUCGUGCAUCUGCUCUUGAUGCACAUCGUCGUUGUCAUGAGGGAAAGUUGGUAAAGUCACGAAACAGGAGUUCAGGGGAUUCAUUCCACAUUGAGGAGUCAAUAGUUGAAACCAAGCCCAGUGAAAACCAGUGCGAUGAUACUGAAAAACUUUUUAAGUGUUCUUGUGGUAAAGCUUUUACUGCUCUGUUGCGCCUGAAAACCCACCAACGAUUUAGCCGCAACAGCCAAUGCACUCCAGAAGAAAUGAAAGAAAAACCAAAGAAAAGCUACAAUGAGUUUUACUGUAGUGAGUGCAAAAAGGCAUUCAAUGGCCAUAUUGCCCUGUUCAACCAUCAGAGAUGGCAUGCUAACCACUCAGAUGAUUCUGCAAAAAGGUUCCCAUGUGAGGAAUGUGGAAAAGUAUUUAUGACUCUAACGUUCUACUACAGGCAUCAGCGUACGGCACACAGUGAUGAGACCCCAGCAAAAUCGUUUCACCAUCAAGUGUGUCAGCUACAGAAGAAGGCAUUUGAAUGUAAGGAUUGUGGGCUAAAGUUUUCAAGGGCUUCUGCACUUCACUCUCAUCAGCUUCAUCACACAGAUGUCUUCAAAGAAACAGAGGAGGCAGCCCAGACGCGUAUCUCUCUGCUACCUCAACAGAAAAUCUUGGAGGGUGAAGGGGAAGAGACUGAAAAGUUGGAGGAACUAGUAGAAUCAGAGAAUGUGCCUCUUACAAAUGUGGCUGAAGAAGACUCCCACGUAAAUGAGACAGAUGAAGAAAUGGAGAGUUAUGAACCUGGGGACUUUAACGUACAGGUGAUCAGUGCAAGUGAGUCUGAAGAUGAGCAAGUCCAAGACCUAAAUCCUGAUCUCGAGCUGCUGUGUGAAUCAGAUCAGGAAGGAAGAGAUGAGGGUGAAAUGGAAAUUUCACCCAUUAGUCUUGUUUCAAAACCAGAGAUGGAUUUGAAAAUUGUGCAAAUUGACUUUGAGCCAGCUGAGGAGCAGUGCACACUUGUAACCAGGGAAGCCGAGGAUAAAGCGACAGCGGAAAGAUUUGAUUGUCCAGAUUGUUACCGUUGGUUUACUAGUGCUUCAUCACUGCGUGUUCACAGAAUGUGGCACGGCAUUCAUAAGAGAAGACAACAGACUCAAGUGAAGCAGCGCAGAAUUGUGUGUAAGGAUUGUGGAAUGAAGUUUACAUCCUUGGAGUUCUUCAAUUCUCACCUACAUCAGCAUGCCUUGAGAGAGGAUGAAGAGGAAGAAGAAGCUCAGACAGGAGACGAGAUGAAUCAAGCAGCAGAAAUGGUCUCUGGGAAAGAUUUAGACCAGGAUGGGGAUGCAGAUUGGUGUGACAUGAACAGUUCAUCGCAAACAAAACCCUCUGGCUUAAUACAAGGCGUUGCAAUUGCUAAAACCUCUAUGAAGAACAAACUUCGAAAGGCUUAUGCUUGUUUGGUCUGUGGUAAGGUUUAUACGUACCUUGUUUCAUUCAGGAAGCACCAGCGGCUGCAUGAAAACCAAAAUUCUGAACCAAAAACUGUUCCAAGUUUGCAGAAGUAUGAGUGUCCCGAGUGUGGGAUGUCGUUCAUCAGGCAUGCUCGGCUACUUGGUCACAUGAGAAUUCACAGGCCACGCGAACUACCUGAAUCGGACACUCCCAGAUGUGAUCAGUGUAACAGAGACUUUCGUUCCAUAGAAUCAUGGAUGGCUCAUGUUGAUCAUCAUAAGCAGAAACCGUUUUGGUGUUUAAGUUGUGCCAAAGGCUUCAGAGAUGAAGAGUCACUUGAUAGACACCUGCAAAAUCACAAUCUGAAGAAAUUCGAAUGCAACAUUUGCCACAAACGUUUCCUCAUGUCUUCUCAGCUUAGAAAUCACUACAGCAUCCAUGAUGGAUCAAAGCCUUUCCAGUGUUCAUUCUGCGGGAUGAGUUUCUCCCAUCCCGGAAAUCUCAUUUCACAUCGAAAAAAGCAUCUUAGAGUUUAUGGCGGGUCCAGCGGUAUGCCUCUGGGAAUCAAAAAUUCGGUAAAUAGAAAGAAGCAAAUGAUAAAAAGGAAAAGAUUUUUUCUCACUAGUGUUAAAGAGGAGCCAGAAAUGGAAAAAUGCUCAGAAAUAUUGCCAGUAAUGGAAGACGCUGUGACAAAAAGAGAAACUCAAUGUGAGGAUGCUGAGUUUGGGGAUCAAGCUAACUCUGAAGAGUCAGAUUGUGGAGAACCUGUGCACCACUUUAAGUUCUCAAAACCAUCUGUCUUGCCUGGAUCGGAUCCACCUGACGAAGCUAAAGCAGAAACUGUACGAUCACAAACAGGACCGGAGCUUGAUGGGAGUAAGACCCAAGAAACAAACAUGCACAGAGAGCACAAGUAUUGGGAAUGGGAGUGUAUUGAGUGUGAUAUGGGUUUUGAUGAUGUGGCAAAGCUGCAUCUGCAUUAUAUAAAACAUGCUACCGGGGAGCUGCCUAUACCACAGGGUGACAUUUAGGGAUGAAGGCUCACAAAAGCAUUUAUUUUCUUGUACCUGUGCCUUUCUCACCACCUUUCUGCCUCAAUAAUUGGGGUAGUUAUUAGCCUUUAUCCUCUUAUUUUUCACAUUUCUAACAUCCAAAGGUAUAAGGUUGGCACAAAAACAGUAUUGUUGAAGAGUUAGUGAUAUUUCUUCAUGUCUAGCUUUAGGAUUUUGAAAGUCAAACUGACAUUUUUGUUGUAUCACAUUAAGGAUGGGAGUGAUUUCCGAUGUUGUAAAAGAGAUUACACUACAUAUGUCAACUGAAUAUUUUUGAUAUGUAAAAUUAGAUGAAAAGUUGGUGUUAGAAAACAUUUUAAUGAACCAAAAGGAAAUUAAAGUUACCCCUUUCUACCUAAUAAACUUAAUAAAAUACAUGUAAAAUGAAAAAUCUGAAACAAAGUACAUUAAAACAUUUUGUUUUCUAACAAAAAUGUGUGUUUUUGCUGUAAGCUGCUAUGUUCAUUACACUGAUUUUUGCAUAACUGUAGCAUUGUAAGAUGUUUAAGAACAAUUUAUAAUGCA